UCUUGGGUUGCAACAGGAAGCAUGGAUCAGAAGCUUAUCAUAUGGGAUCUACAGCAUUCGUCUCCACACUGCACUUGUGAUCAUCAGGAAGGUGUGACAUGCUUGUUAUGGCUUGGCACAUCUCGAUUCAUAGCUUCUGGCUGCGUUGCUGGGAAAGUACGGGUAUGGGACAGCCUCUCUGGGGACUCUAUAAAAACAUUCAGUGGGCAUUCUGAUGCCAUCCAAUCUUUGUCUGCCUCUGCCAAUGGGGAAUUCCUUGUUUCGGUGUCGCUUGAUAAAACUGCUCGAGCAUUUGAAAUUGGUGAAUUUCGAUAAAUUAAAGAGAGCUUCUCUUCAUUAGACAAAGUUAUUAUGAUGAAUUGGUUCUGUAUUGUAUCUUUGGUUGAACUGUGGUUUUCAUGUAUUAAAAGAAUGUGUUUUGUAUUGUAUAAAAAUAAUAUGAUUUUGAUGAUUUCUUAUCAAAGGAAUAAUGAAUUUGAUGCUUCUCCAAA